AGACUGAGGCAAAGAAGGAUGGAGAAAGGAAAUUACACUCCAGUGACUGAGUUCAUCCUCCUGGGCUUCUCAGACCACCCAAAACUGCAGACCAUCCUCUUUGUGGUGUUCCUCGUGAUUUAUGUCACAACCUUGUUGGGAAAUCUUGGAAUCAUUUUGUUGAUCAGGCUCGAAUCUCGACUCCACACUCCAAUGUACUUCUUCCUCAGCCACCUGUCCUUUGUUGACAUUUGCUAUACUUCAUCCAUCACACCCAAAUUACUCAGUAACAUCAUCUCAGAAGCAAGAGAAAUUUCUUUCCUUGCUUGUGCAGCACAGAUGUACCUAUUUGUUGCUUUUGUGGUGGCUGAAUCUUUUCUCUUGGCUGUGAUGGCCUAUGACCGAUAUGUGGCUAUUUCUAAUCCAUUAUUGUAUACAGCAGUUAUGUCUAAAAUGAGAUGCAUUAACAUGAUAGCUGGUUGUUACACGUGGGGCCAUUUUUGUGCACUGGUCCACACCAAUUUUGCUUUUAGGCAUGAUUUCUGUGGGCCAAAUACCAUCCAACACUUCUUUUGUGACAUUUCACCAGUGCUAGAUCUUUCUUGCUCUGAUACUUACAUCAGCAAAAGGCUGCUUUUUGUUUUGGCCACCUUUGUGGAAACUAGCACCAUGACAAUCAUUGUCAUGUCUUACAUUUUCAUUAUUGUAUGUGUAUCCAGGAUCCAGACAAGCAAGGCAAAGUACAAAGCCAUCUCCACUUGUGCCUCUCACUUCACAGCCUUUACCAUAUUCCAUUCUACUAUUCUCUUCAUAUACUGCCAGCCUACUGCUGCAAGCCAUUCAGGAGAUACACACAGAAUUGCAUCAGUAUUCUACACAAUGGUGACACCCAUGCUAAACCCUCUGAUCUACAGCUUGAGAAACAAGGAGGUGAAGUCUGCCCUCAAAAGGCUCAUGGAUAGAAAAGGUUUUUUCUUAGUCAGCAUUUAA